GGCGGCGCGCCGCUCCGCGCGGCAGCUCCGCGCGGCGGUGCCGCGGGCUUCGUCGGCGGGUCGGCGGUGCCGCUGCUGGUUCGCCCCGACGAGGCGCCGCGGGCGCGCGCCGCGGUGGCGUGCCGCGCCAUGAUGUUCGAGCGCUUCACCGAGAAGACCAUCAAGGCGGUGAUGAUGGCCCAGGCCGAGUCCCGGCGGCUGGGGCAGGACCACGUUGGCACGGAGAUGCUGGUGGUGGGCGUGGCCUCGGAGGGCACGGACGUGGGCUACCUCGCGCUGGCGAGUCUCGGCGUGCGGACCCAGGACGCCCGGGCGAUGCUGGAGGAGGUCGUCGGCAGCGGCAGCGGGGGCAGGGCGCUCGAGAUCCCGUUCACCAGCGCCGCCAAGAGAGUGCUCGAGAACUCCAUCGAGUGCGCCCGCUCGCAGGGCAGCUCGUCCGUGGGCACCUCGCACCUGCUGCGGGCCAUCCUAGCCCAUGAGGAGUCCGACGCCGGGUCGAAGCUGCUGUGCCGCCUGCUGAGCUGCGACGGCGCGGAGGCCACGCGGGCGAAGCUGCUGGGCGCGCUGGAGCGCGAGGAGAGCGCCGGGGGAGCCACCGCCAGCGGCGGCGCGGCGGCGCCGGCCGGCCGCUGGAGCAGCAGCUCCGCGCCGGCGGCGGCCGCGCCAGUGCAGGACGUGGACCUGACGCAGACGCUGAAGUACGGUGUGGACCUGACGGAGGCGGCCCGCAACGGGAAGAUGGACCCGCUCAUCGGCCGAGAGGAGGAGCUCAAGCGCACCAUCCGCAUCCUCGGCCGGCGUUCCAAGAACAACCCGGUGCUCGUCGGGGAGGCCGGCGUGGGCAAGACGUCCAUCGCGGAGGGCUUGGCGCAGCAGAUCGCGGCCGGGCGCGUGCCCGCAACGCUGAAGGACAAGCGCGUGGUGCAGCUGGACCUGGCGCUGCUGCUGGCGGGCACCAGGUACCGGGGCGACUUCGAGGAGCGGUUGCGGGCGGUGGUCAAGGAGGUGUCGGAGAGCAACCGCCAGGUCAUCCUCGUGAUCGACGAGGUGCACACGCUGGUGGGCGCGGGCGGCAGUGGCGCCGAGGGCGGCGGCAUCGACGCCGCCAACCUCCUGAAGCCGGCCCUGGCGCGCGGCGAGCUCCAGUGCAUCCGAGACGAGUACCGCAAGUACAUCGAGAAAGAUCCCGCCCUGGAGCGCCGCUUCCAGCCCGUGACCAUCCCCGAGCCCACGCAGGAGCAGGCGGUGCUGAUCCUCGAGGGCCUGGCCUCGAAGUACGAGCGCCACCACCAGCUGCGCUACACGCCGGAGGCGCUCGCCGCGGCAGUGAGGCUGGCCUCGCAGUAUAUCGCCGACCGCUUCCUCCCCGACAAGGCGAUCGACGUCAUGGACGAGGCCGGGUCCAAGGUCCGGCAGCAGCUCUACCAGGAGGCUGAGGACGGCAAGGCGGCCGCGGAGAUCUGGGCGGUCUGCCAGGAGCUCAAGGCGGUGGCGGCGCAGAAGAAGGCGGCCGUGGCCUCGGAGCGGUACGACGAGGCGCAGCAGCUGAAGGUGCGCGAGGUGGGUGGCCCAGCGCGGAUCCAAGAACUUCGCACUGACCUCCAGAUGCUUGUGGUUGUGCUCGUUUUUCCUUCCUCGAGCAUCAGCGAGCUGCAGAACACGCGCGGUGUCGGCAACGCGCCCGAGGCUCGGGUCCUGCUAGAGGAGUUGAGCGGCCUGAAGGCGCAGGUGCAGGAGCUCGUGGACGCGGAGCGCUUCGGCGAGGCGCACGAACUCAAGGGCCGCGAGCAGGACAUUGCGGAGGUGGUUUCUACCUGGACCGGCAUAGCCGUGGAUCAGGUCGGGGCGAGCGAGUCCAGGAGGCUGAUGGGCCUGGAGAAGGCGCUCCACGAGACCAUCAUCGGCCAGCACGAGGCGGUCAGCGCGGUCGCGAGGGCACUGCGUCGCUCGCGGGCGGGGCUGCGGAAUCCGGACAGGCCGAUCGCCAGCUUCAUGUUCUGCGGACCCACAGGUGUCGGCAAGACUCACGUGUGCAAGACCUUGGCGUCGACGUUCUUCGGCUCGGCGGACUCCAUGAUCCGCCUUGACAUGAGCGAGUUCAUGGAGAAGCACACCGUCUCGAAGCUCAUCGGGGCUCCGCCGGGCUACGUGGGCUACAGCGACGGCGGCACCAUGACGGAGGCCGUUAGGAGGCGCCCGUACUCGUUGCUGCUCUUCGACGAGGUGGAGAAGGCCCACCCCGACGUCUUCAACAUCAUGCUGCAGCUGCUGGACGACGGGCGGCUGACGGACUCGAAGGGCCGCACCGUGUCCUUCGCCAACACCCUCGUCGUCAUGACGUCCAACCUGGGCAGCCGGUCCGUGCAGAAGGGCGCCGGGGGGAGCUUCGGGCUCGGCUUCGGCACGGCGGACGACGAGGAGGAGGAGAGCUACGCUGCCAUGAAGGAACUCGUGAUGGAGGACAUGAAGUCCUUCUUCCGGCCAGAGUUCAUCAACCGGUUGGACGAGCUGGUGGUGUUCCGGUCCCUGACCAAGGAGAACGUGCGCGCCAUCGCCGAGGUGGAGUUCCGGCAGGUGCUCGGACGCCUCGGCGAGCGCAAUCUCGACGUUACGCUCACUCAGGCGUUCAAGGACCAGGUGGUGGAGAAGGGCUACGACCCCGCCUUCGGCGCGCGGCCGCUGCGGCGAGCGAUCUCGGCCAUGCUGGAGGACACGUUGGCGGAGCACCUGCUGGAGGCCGCGGGCGAGGGCCCGGACGACGGGCAGGCCGACGGCGCUGGCGAAGACAUCACGCUCAGGGAGCUGGCGGACGCGCUGCUGGCGGCGCACCGUCGCGGCGUGGCCGUGCGGGUGCUGACCGACGACAGGCAGGCCGAGGGAGCCGGCUCCAGGGUGGGCCAGCUGCGCUCCGCUGGGAUCGCUGUCCAGACGGACAACGACAUACGGCUCCACAUACACCACAAGUUUGCCGUUGUCGACGGGGAGCUGCUCUUGAGUGGAUCCUUUAAUUGGACAGGCCCGUCCGUCACGUCGUCCUACGAGAACGUCAUCGUCAGCCACGCGCCGGCCCUUGCCAGCUUGUUCGGGGGGGAGUUCGACCGCCUUUGGAAAGGGUUCGGAAGGGGCGACGCGGGUACCGCCAAGUCCUCGGUGCCUUCCAACACGGUCGAGAGGUUUGCCGUCUUGUUCUUUCCAGACACCAGUGGCACCAACGUGGGCGCCAUUGUAGACGAGAUCUCAGCGGCAAAGCGCAGCAUCGACGUUGCCAUGUUCGUCCUGACUUUGGACAGGUUGGCGGAUGCUCUUUUGGAAAAGCGUCGGCAAGGCGUGAGGGUUCGCCUAAUCACGGACCGCCACCAGUCCAACGCAGGAGGGGCAGAUGCGAAACGCUUGGCUAAAGCUGGCGUGCGCGUUCGCAUCAACCCGCCAGGCGACUCGGACCACGAUCGACGUUGCAACAUGCACCACAAGUUUGCAGUGGUCGAUUCCUCUGUGCUUAUUUCUGGGUCUUUCAACUGGACAGCCCAGGCUGCGAAGGGCAACCAAGAAGACGCGGUGGUAUACCUGGAGUGCCAGGAGCUGACGGCAAGUUUCGCGGCGGAGUUCCAGCGCCUGUGGGACGCUUUCGAGCAGCUGGACCGACAACGUUGUUGCUGUCUUCCCUGA